ACAAGUAGAGUGUUGUACGCCGGGCUGUGUUUCGACAUUUUCUCCACCAUGAGACUUUCCUUGUGUCUGGCGGCCGUGGCCGUCAUCUGCUCGAAGAGCGCCCACGCUCUUUCGAAAAAUGAUCAUGGUCGGAUUCUGCAAAACUCAAGUACCCGCCAGUGCGAAAAGUGCAAAGCCGCGUGCCCUCACAGACAUAGGCAUAAGCACACCAACCACGUCGAUGUUAAGGUAAAGGAAGAGGCGGAGCUGGCAGCAGCCAAAGAAAAGGGAAAAGAAGAAGGCCACGCUGCAGCACAAAAACUGAUACCGGAGGGACCUUAUACUGAAACACCUCACCCGUCAACGAACAAGAUUCCUCGAUCUGGCGAAGCAAAGGCAGAAGAACUGUCCUUGCCUGAAAAGAUCGAAGGCAUCGACGUUACAGAAUCUCUUGAGACAGCAGAAAGGACACUGACGGAGCUGCCAACGGCUUCAGAGGCUGCAGCUACAACGGGAGAGGUUCCUGUGAAUGAAAUGUGGGCCCCACAAGCCACUGAGCUACCAAAACAACACAUUGACGACGAUGAGGGAUGCAGUAGCUUCCUUACGAAAACACAAAGACGUUUGAGGAAUCUUGAAUCACGUGCAUGA